CCUUUCCCACACCGCACGUACUACUUCUCCCGCCCCGCUAGUAUUCUUCGGCCGUGUUCGUCCCUCGUCCGUCGACCGUGGUAUUUGUAGAAUUAAUUUUGUAGUUGUAGUGUGCUGCUCAGUCCGCGCGGCGGCGGCCGAAUUCCUUAUCGCACACUUCAAAAAGAUAGCAGAAUGAAUAGUAGUUUUCUGUCCCCUUUGUGCUCAACACUUUCGCCCCGUUCGUUUUGUGGUUAUCGAAGGCCAUGAAUAUCGAAUGGUCUAAUAAAGUUCAGAUUGAAUAAGUUGAGUCGUGUACGGUCGGUGAAAUUCUGAAGUUGUCACAAAUUGAACAAGUAAUUAUGGAUGAAGAAGAGAAAAUUGAGGUGAAAGUGGAAGACGAAGUGGGGAUUUUCGUUGAAGAAGAACCUGUUAUUAUUCGAGCCUCUAAAGACAAUCAUUACGACGAUAACGCUUCGGAAAACAUUGAGCCACUUUCUAGUAUUAUACGAAACGAAGCAGUGAUUUAUACAACCAAAUUAGAUGAAAUGCGUGUUUGGGAAGGAAUAUUUGACACACCAAAGAAUGUUUUGGAAAGAAUUUAUCGUGAAAGCAAACCAAUAUGGACAGGACGAUAUAAAAAGAGAAAAAGAAGGAAACAUAUGAUUAAAUAUAUGCGGUUUCUACUUAACCUGCAACGCUUCCAUGAUAAAGUAUCGGAGUAUGGUAAAGAGGGACUGUCACAAAAUUAUUCUCAAGAACAACAAUCUGUUAUAGCAGCUACUUAUAUAGAUAAUAGUAUUGUCAUUUCUUCGGACGAUGAUUCUGACCCUAUAUUGCUAUCAGCAUCUAUGUGUUCUAAAGAUAAAAUAACAGUACAUAAGAAAAACAUUGAUGAUACAGAUACAUGCACUUGGCAGAAACAUUCGUUACAGUCUCGUCAUAUCAUAGUUAUUUUGACUUUACGAUCAGCUUUAUAUGAUGUGUAUUUUAUCAACAAAAAAAGAAAUAUCACAGAUUUUUACACAGUGGAUACGCAGUAUUUUAAAAGUAUGGGUAUUCCCCUCAAAGCUAGUAUGCCUAUAAAAACGUGUUGUUGGUAUAAAAGGCAGGAGAAAAUGAAUAAAUAUGCAAUAUUUAUUAAAAUGAGUUCAACAUUGCUAUCUUUUAUGAGAAAAACUCAUGACUGUGAUCCAAAAAUGUGUAUUUGUUGUUGUAAAAACAAAUGCUCGAACAAUCCAAUAGUGGUAGAAAAUCAAAAUAAUAUAAAUAAACCUGCGCAGGAAAGGAAUUUAUUCCAAAAUAAAUGGCACCAGCGUCUGUCACGUAACUCAACAAUACAGCAACCAAAAAAUAUAAUUAACACAGCUUUGUCUUAUUUACCAAAACGCAAAACCAUUAACAAAAAACAAAACUCAAGUGACAGUUAUCGCAAGAAAUAUUUUAAAUUGCAAAUUGAGAAAAGCCAAACACUUGUUUUUUCCACCGCAACGGAUGGUUCACUCAAUUCAAUAAUCAAAUUAGAUUAUAGACCUUGUGUGCCAAUAGCAACUGAUAACAUUUUUGACAUGAUAUGUUCUUUUCCGAAAUCUACUGUUUACGAUACGAUUUGUUGUUUAGACAAGGGAAAAAAGUUUUUUUUUGAUUUUUUUAAACAAGGUCAAACUGCCAUUGCUAAUUUUUUUAUAAACUUCUGUAAUAUUAAUACAGAAAAAUGUAUCAACCACGAAAUUACAGAAAAUUUAUCUCCCACUGCUAAAGGGACGUUUUUUAAAAUAUAUUUACCAAAGUAUCCCAGACAUUGCAAACGCUAUUUAAUUAGUAAAAUACGGCCAUGCAGUAUUUCGCAAAAUCAAAAUACUAUAAAAGUAAAAAAAUUAACUUCUACUUUAGAAAACCCUAAAUCUAAAUGUGUAGUUAUGCCUAGACCGGAAAACAGUAACGAAGGAAAAAAAGUCAUCCCUGUACUUAAAAACAUCAAUGACAAUGAAUGUGUAAAUAACUCUGAGGUCAAUAACUCAGCUGAAUUAAUUGAUUUAGAUGUUGAAGAUUUAAAUCUUGUUAUUUCCCCCAAUGGCAGCGUUAAAAUUCAAACCAAAUCUCUUCCUGCGCAUAUAGCCACACAAGAUCUGAAAAUUUUAAGGGAAAUAGUUAAUUUUGCAAAUCAAAAAAUAUUGUCUUUAGGUACAUGUUUCCACAGUGAAAUAAAUGUAGAUAAUUUAUUUAAAAAUAAUAAACCUCGUACCAAAAAAAAUCUUAUUAAUCCGAAAAUUAAUGAAACAAGACAAGGAAUAUCGGCAAAUAGUCAACCACCAUUACUUAGUGUACAACAAAACAAGUCUACUUCAACCUCACCGUCACGGCAAAUUAAUCCGAAUACUCUUGAUGUAAAUACAGAAGUCGUUGAAAAAAACGUUUAUCAAUCUUUUACAAAUAUCGGUGCAGAUAAACGAAAGCAAUAUUCAAUUUCAUAUGACUUUAUUAAGGUUGCAGACAUUGAUUUGUGGACAAAAGUAAAAGUGUCGGAAAAAAAUGAAGUAUUAUCACGUAAUCAAAAUGAAAAUACAAAGAGAAAAUGUUCAGAAAAAGUGUCUUCUCAACCUUCUAAGCAAAGACGAAAAGUUAAUUUAGUAGAAGAAGUUGCAUCUACAUUUGGAAUAUUUCCAGUACUUCCAACGCCUUCAACAAGUGGAAUCAAUUCUCCCAUUAGGGUGUUAGAACAUACGAAUGUUCCAACUGAAAUUCUACCGAUGACAUCAAACACUAUAACCGAUCAAUUAAACGUAUCUGCAGUACCUAUUAUUCGUUUGCCGCUGGAUAAAACAAAUUCUUUUCUGCCUUCAUUUACUUCCCAACUUGAAAUUCAACCGGUCCAAAAUCCAGAUGCAAUUAUAAUAAAGGAAGAACCUUUGCUAACUAAUAAUGAUUUGAAUGUAUCAACUUUUCUGCAGGUUCCUCAUAAUACCGAACUAGUUGUAGAUACUUUGACUAUGACACCAGUAAAAAUUGAAUUUAUUCAAGAUGAAAAAAACGAUGAUUGUAUUUUAGGUGUUUAAAUAAACGUGAUAAAUAAUCAAUGUGGUUAUUAUUUUCCAGAAUCAACUUUUAAAGGGAAUGUUCUACAAAUAAGUUUAGAUGUUUUGCAGCACUUCAUAAGGGUGGGAGAAUAUUUGAGUUUUGAAAUACAUCCGUACCAUAUAAUGUAUUUGUUAGAAACAGAUAAACGCAAAACUAAAAAACCGAUUGAUAAAUUUAACACAAGAGAUAGAAUAGACUUUCAGAUCUUGACUCUUGAAUUAUAUCGAGGAGAUGGACGUUGUAAAAAUAGACUAAUGAAAUAGGCACAAUAGUUCGUAAAGUGAAAGAUUCUAUGCUGGUCUGGCAGUGAAAGUUAUUUACAAUUAAAUUGUGAAAGUCUAUCGGCGGAAUAGCUUCUUAUCUGGCGCGACCUGCAGGCUUACUCUCGAACUCAAUCCCAAUCUCAAUUCUGUCGCAAUCCAAUUCCAAUCAUAAUUUAGUUUGUUACUCUUGAAAUCAUUAACCUUGAGAUUGAGUUGGUAUUGUGAUUGUGGCAUGAUUGGGUCUUCCUUGGCGAUUCUACUAAACGUCAAUAUGACAGUGAAAUACAUCACCCUGUCUACGACAGAAAUAGAACGAAUGAAUGAAUAAAAACCGAUAAACAAUAUAUUUAAUAUUGUUAAGUUGUUAAGUAAUUUUCAAGAAAAUAAUUCUAUUUAAUUGUUAUUUUUAUAAACAAUGCUUAUUUAUUACUAAUAAAUAAGUUUAAGGCAAAAACUAAUCUAAUUAAAUGUUUCAACGGCGUAUUUGGCUGUAUGAGUAUUUUCCUGUGCCUCCAUAUGUAAAGUUCACAAUAAACAAAAUAACAAUUUAAAACUGUGGUUUAUAGUUUUAGUUUUGCGCUCAUCAUUAGGUACCUAAGUAAUUUUUUCACUUAUUAAAGUUUUUGAUACUUUUAUUUAUUAUAAAACGAUUGUCACUAGUACACAAGUGAUCUUCAAGCAAAAAAAUGUUAGUAAUGCUGUAUCAUACUAUUACAGAAAUGGCAAACAGACCCACACAAUACCAAAUGGCAGCGUUAGUGGAGUUCCUGGAGAAAAAUCCAGGAAUUGCUCGAGGCCUCCUGCGAACGCAGCAGGCCAAACAGGAAACUCGAAAAAAGUGGCAGGAGUUCGCUGAGUUCACUAACGCCUUGGGUGGGAUUAUCAAAGAUGGGCAGGGUUGGGCUAAGUAUUGGACUGAAAAAAAAUCAUCCCUUAAAAAGGUCUGCCAACAAAGGGCUCAGUCCAUGAGGCGCACCAGAGGUGGCGUAGAUGUGGUGCCAGAGCUGUCGUUGCUGGAACAGCGCCUAGUGGCAGUCAUGGGUGGGGACUCAUUUGCCACGGGCACAAGGGAAAUAGCAGUAGACCAAUUUCCCCAAAGUAAUUCUAGCCCCUCCAUCUUGCCAUCUACGUAUGAUGCAGUUUUACCCAUGAUAGACCUGCCAACAUCUGGAUUAUCUAUGGUAGAGCUGCCUUCCACCUCUGCCGCUGUUGUACCCGAAGCAUUAGACAGAUAAAACUAUCUACUAUAUGGGAUGCACCUCCAAAUGCUGCAUCUACACUUAAAUAUAUUUAAGUUCGCGUCACAGAUCUGUAACAAAAAUAAAUUAAA